CGUCGCGUUGCCAAAGGUCUUUUAUUUCGAGCUAGCGGUAUACUGAAUUUUUUUUUAAGCUGAUUUCACCCCGUUAAUCGUCAAAGGGGUCAGCCGUAUCGGUGAAUGUGUCCGACAGGCCGCCGGUCACCGUCGAGCGAUCGGGUAAAUUUCGUAAUACCUUGACAGUGAACAAAGUGAUGGAAUAUUAUUAUCGUCGUCGCCCUCGAGUUUGGCUAUGAGCCGUCCGUCGACCGACCGUUCACUCGGCUCAGCAUUAUCAGUCAGCUGCCCGCUCUAGUCGGUCAGCCAGUCGGCAGUAGUACGCGAGUACCUCCUCGUAGUCGACCUCCUCGGAACUCCUCGUCACCGUCGAAGCGAACCAACAACCGACCGACCUACCAAUCGCUAACCUACCAACGAAUAAACGGGCAUUCGUUCGCCGCUCGCCGGAGUAGAAGCGAGCCGCGAGGAUGCUCGCCGCCACUACACGUACCGUUCCAGAGUGUGCAAACGUAAUUUUCGUCAAGUUUGUUGAUCCGUCCGCCGGAUCCUAGCUCGAUCGCCGGCGGCCUCAAGAGCAACGGAGAAAAAACGACCUCCUUUCCCCCGAACCCGAACCCGAACCCGGACCCCCAUCCCCGCCUCGCCGUCUCUACCACCCCUCUCUCUCUCUCGUCCGUUCCGUUCGCCCCAACGUGCGUGUCACGGUCGCUUGCGAGUACGAUUCGAAAUUCGGAUCGCCAUCUUAAUGGGAAAAAGUGCGGUGAAUCGGAUUUUUCGUACCCUUGUCACAACGUUGGAAAAGUCAUCGGUGAUUCGCACCUACGCCCCUCGGCCUCUUACAAUAUGUGCUUAAAAAUAACGCCUCGAAACAUAACGUAACGUAACACGUGCGUACGCGAACAUCGCUCGAAUUGGACCGCCCCGCGGACGAACCUGCGGCAUAAUAAUAUAAAUUGCGGAUGUGUGUGUGGAAGUGUCGGAGAUAUUGCAUCUACCGUACUGUUUGUUGCAUGUGCAAAUAAAACGUGUCACGUGGCAUUGUAGGUACUUACUGCCAAACGGGAAGAGCGCGGAGCCCGGCAGCGUUCGUUAAUAGUCGUAGCGGACGUGAAUUACUCGAGAUUCUAGGAGCGCGCGUACAGCAGCCACCCCGAUCGUUCGAUCGGUUAAUUAUUUAUUCGCCGCUGACUCGAUUCGAAUAUCACCAACGUCAAUCGAUCGACCCGCUGCCACUCGAUAAGAGAAACACUGCGACGAUGUGACGAGUGUAUCAGCUGUUGAACGGUCGUUGGAAAAAUUGCGGUGGCCGCUUCAAGAUUGCCAAGAGCUCGUGAUUUUUCCUUGUUGUUUUUUUUUUUCCUCUCUCUCUCUCUCUCGCCACGGAAGGGAGAGUAUUCGUGUGCGUCGUUCGUGCGCGUGUGGUCGGUCAACGGAUAACCGUACGACCACGUAACGUUAUAUUAUAAUCACCUCUCUACAUUAAUUUCAGUUACACAAGUUCAUUUAUCAGUCAUUGAUAAUAAUAUAUACUCGGGGCAACGAGCGCGCGUUAAACUCGGAAGAGCCAAGUGUGUUUCUGUGUGUGGGGUGUGUGCAGUGAAACGCAUCAGUUAUAAAACGCCCGCAUACACGUAUAUACGAGUGGCCUAUACCGUUCGAAAUAGUUGUGUGAAAACUCGGUGACGAUUGAUCCGAUAACGCGGUGAAAAAAAAUAACAUCGAACCCGAACGGUGAAUCCGGCCUGCACAUGUUCGCGUGUAUUGAAUAAUAUAUCGCGUGGAUGUGCGUUAUUUAUAAUCGUGCGGACAGAUAGGAUCGGUGUUGCGAGAAGAUAUAAUACAUAUUCCAAGCGAUAAUCGCCAACGAUCCACGUAGCCCCGGCAUCUCCGCUGUUAUCUCCCGGAGAUUGGAAGGAGUUUUCUGGAUCUCCGAAUCAAGGUAACUAAGCAUCUUUCACCAUAGAUGGCGAGUAAAGGGAAGAAAAGGGUAUCCGGUGACACUGUGACUGCAGAUGAGGUAAACAAUCGUAGCGACAAUCGGCUAUUGUCCGAAAUGCACAGCAGAGAUGAACCCUCGGAGAUAAACGCUAAGAGAGGCAACGAACUCGGUAACGACGAGGACCUGGGCGGAGGAACGAAGGACGAUGAGAACGACGUCGACGGGGAGGCUGCGAUCACCGCAUGCGACAAGGUCGGUGGUAAAGAAACCCCCGUAGAAAGCGGCAAAAUUUCGAACGGCAUCGGUCGCGGCGUUCGGGUGGAGAAAAAAAUGUCGGAAGACACGGGCGAGGACGAUGAGGAGAACCACAAGGAUAAACCUGACGAGAAACACGACAACGAUUCAUCGACGACGACGACCACCUCCUCCACGACAACGUCGGACGACGAGUCGGAAAGUACGUCGGAGGAAAAGGCCGAACCUUCGAAGGACGGAGGCUCCCCGCCGUCCAAGGAUCACUCUCCGAGUUCUAACGAGGUGAAAAAAAAGGACGAUCAAGCGGUUAGGGAUGCUGGAAAAAACGACGACACGACGGACGACAGCGACAUCGAGGAUGACCUCAUAUCGGCGAUCAACUACAACACCAUUACCUCCCUCGCCGCACUCAAGGACAUGCUCCAAUCUUCCGGCGAGGACUCGGACGGUGUCGACAGUUUCUUCCAUCACUACUUUCUGUCGCACGUCAACCGACUGCCGUCCAGAAAUCAAACACACAGUCCCUAUCCCUGGGGAAGAAGAUUGUCCGAGUGUCGGGAGGAGGACGAAUGGGAGGCUGACGAAUCAGGAAAAAGCGCCGAACCGGCGGGCAGCGGUGCCGCGUUGACGAGGAAGGAGGCGAGAUCGUUGAUAGCCGCGACAAUGGAGAAAACCAUGCCCGAAAGCCCGAACAGCGUGUCGUCCAGCUCUUCCUCGUCGGUCGAUUCGAUAUCCGAAAAAGUGGAUAGCAAAGAAAGCAUCGCCGGGGCGGUCGAACCUCAGGUGCCGACGCCCUCGACGUCGGCGGUCCCUCCCCCGGUGCCGCCGUCAACGUCGGCUUCGAAUUUGGCCUCGUCGUCGACGGGCCAGGUCCGGGUAGCCUCGAGCCGGUUCACCACUUCGAAGGCCUCGACUCCAUCCACAUCCGCUGUGACGUCCCCGACGUCCGUGCAAAAGCCGCCCCUCCGAAGACGGCACACAGCCGGUCCAGGUAUGACAUUUCCAGCUACCGAUCCUCCCAGCUACUCGGCGAGCAUGACCUUCUCGAGGACCAGCCCUCUGCCCAGUCCGCACUUGGACAAACGAUUCUUCGACUCGAGCCUCAUAGAGAUGAAGAGUCAGGCGAGCAGCACCAGCACACUCGACUACGACUCGACGGAGGACAUAUGGGUGCGGAGGGUCGAUUUUCUGCAGGAACGAAAACGAAGGGAACUCGGAUCGCAGCCGCUUCCGACGAUCGUAACCGAGGAUGUCGAUGGAUCCGGACAAUCCGGACAUGACCAAGGUCACAGACCACGUGCCGGAACCUGGGGAUCGCACUCCCGGAAUAUUAAGAAAGCCUCCACCGGUAGUGCCCCUGCCUCGGGUAAAUCGACACCGUCGUCUCAGCAACCCGCGGAACAGUCUGGUAAGAUACAGAUUCGAAAAACUUCUGGGACGCGGUCGGGUUCGACCAGUCGCAGCAAUAGUACCGAACGUCGGAAGAGCGGCGACGAUACGGCAAGUCCAACGAGGAAACCGGCCUUGUUCGACGCUUUCAGACCAAGGAGCAAAUCGGACGCCAGUAAAACGAGAAAACCCAGUAUUAUUACGAAUAUGAAAAACGCUGUCCAGCAUUCUUUGCAUCGAAGUUCGCACGGGAGUUCUUCUUCGGACGUCCACUCUGACAAGGAUCACCCCCACAAAGAUCACAAGGAUCACAAGGAUCACAAGGACCACAAGGACCACAAAGAUCAUAGAGAUAGUAAGGACUACCACAAAGACUCUCACGGCAAGGAUCAAAGUUCCAGGCCCAGAGCUGGAUCGGAGAGCAGUCGUAACCCCGUCAGCAAAGUGAUGGAUCUCAUCCGACAUCGAAGUCACAGCGCCGUCAGUGCGGAGGACAAACGAAAAGCGAGAGCAGCGGCACAGCAUCAACAAAUAGCGGCCCAGAGCGCCCUCAGGAGGAGUAGUCUCGACCCUGGAGCGCGAAGAUUAUCCCUCGGGACUCCGGCCGUACCCCACAGAGCAUCCGACGCCUGUUUGGAUCCGGCACAUGCCGCCAUCCUCUUCAGAGACUCCCGUGGGUUGCCCGUGGUGGAUCCAUUCCUGGAGAAAGUUUCGCUCUCCGACCUAGAACAAGAUGAGUCGCAGAUCUUUCCUAAGUUUUUCAAGUUUCAUAAAUGCUACGACUUGAUACCCACCAGUGCCAAACUUGUCGUAUUUGACACCCAGCUACUCGUAAAGAAGGCUUUCUUUGCUCUAGUUUACAAUGGUGUGAGGGCAGCUCCGUUGUGGGACAGUUCUCGUCAGGAGUUCGUCGGCAUGUUAACUAUAACGGAUUUCAUAAAAAUAUUACAAAUGUACUAUACAAGUCCGUCGGUGACUAUGGAUGAACUCGAGGAACACGAACUCGACACGUGGAGAAAAGUCCUGAAGGACCAAGUUCAUCCCCUGGUUAGUAUCGGCCCGGAUGCCUCUCUCUUCGAAGCCAUUCGUAUCCUCAUCAAAAACAGGAUACAUCGUUUGCCCGUGAUUGAUCCGGAUACCGGAAACGUCCUCUACAUUCUGACCCACAAAAGGAUACUUCGGUUCCUCUUCCUAUACAUUCACGAACUGCCGAGACCUUCUUUCAUGAACAAGACCCUGAGGGAACUCAGGAUAGGAACAUUUGACAACAUAGAAACAGCUACAGAAGAAACUAGCAUAAUUUUAGCCCUAAAAAAAUUCGUAGAAAGGCGAGUCUCCGCGUUGCCAAUCAUAGACGACGAUGGAAAAUUAGUCAACAUCUAUUCCAAGUUCGACGUUAUUAAUUUAGCAGCUGAGAAAACCUACAAUAAUUUAGACGUUUCAUUACGGGAUGCCAACGAACACAGAAACGAAUGGUUCGAGGGGGUUCAGAGCUGCAAACUCGACGAGACACUAUUCACCGUAAUGGAGAAAAUUGUUCGAGCUGAGGUACAUCGACUCGUCGUUGUAGACGAGGAUGAUAAAGUGAUUGGUAUAAUUUCAUUGUCCGAUCUAUUGUUGUACAUCGUCCUCAGACCAUGCGGUGAGGAUAGCUGUAGUAGUAAAGGUAGUUCGGUAUCAUUGCGUGGUCGGGAUUCGGGAGCAUCGAAAGGACCAAGUUCAGCACCUUCGGAGAUCUCCCUUCUCGAUAACGGAGAUACGGUUACGGAGGCGGGGGCAGGGACGGAAUCAGAGGUAGAGACAGGAGUAGCAGCGGAAGCUGAUCAGUAUGGUGCGAAAGUUGAUAAGAGCCAAACGGAAGAUGAGGAUACCCGCGCAACGCCUACUCCACCUUCGAGCCCAACAAGCUCGGAAAUUUCAGGUCUACUUUUGGUGAAUCAAUCUCAAGAGUCAGGGUGGCGAGAAGUAACAGUUUCCGGAGGCGAGUGAUGAGAUGUUUCGAUAGAUAUGGUAUAUACACGUGUAAAUUGUAAUAUAAAAGUAAUUUAAGAAAUAGUUUCAAGAACUGGGUGAAAAGACCUGACGCACUAUACAUGGCGAGAAGUAGAGAAAGUAGAACAUGAAACACGAUCCUUUUACCUUGUUCUAAUUUCAAUCAAGUCUCUGUAGAACACAACGUUACCGUUGCCCAGAUAUAACAAGUCGUAUGUCAUGCUUUGUUGAGUCCCGAUACCGCUAAAAUAUUGAGAAAGCUACUUGCUGUUGAAUAACUCAAAUCAUACACCUCCAUUUUCUUCAGUUAUGCAACAUGUAUUUCGAAUUUGUAUUACAUGAUGAUUGUGUCCUCAUGGUAUCAAUCAACACUGACUCGCAUAAUACUAUAAACGUUGAUGAUACCUGUCGAGUGAAUAAGUAGGUGAAAUGCAAGGAAAUUAAAUGCUGUCGAAAUUUGUGAUAUUUAAAGAAGAUAUAGAUAAUGCAAACUUUUGCCUUCCGCGGGUGAUUUUGUAAGUCAGAAACGGGUUAAAAAAAAAUUAUUAAAUAAAAACGAAUGAAAAAAAAAUAAAGAUACAUAAGAUAAUAUUACCGUCUGUAAAUAUAUAAUAAAUCACGAUGUUGAUUAGCAUAGAAUAAGUUUAAAUAAUAAAAUACCAUUCGAAGCUCU